CCCACACUCACAACGUGCAUGCGCAAACACAAGUGCGUUCGUCGGAUGAGGGACGGCUCGGUGUUAAUUCAUCGAGAAGCUGCGUACACACUUCGGACUUCCUCCAGAAUGAGUGUGGGUGAUGAAGUGAAGUGAGCGAGCUCCUAGGGACUCAGAGGCCUAUCAUCACAGUGGACUGAAUUAAAACUUGACCCAGUGUUUUUAGGGGGUUUUUUGUCCCAAACUCUAUACAUUUGCAAAACAUGCGGAGGUGCAUAUAUUUUCAUUUUGGAAGCCGGCAUGCACCCGUACUAGCUCAUGGACAUCAAGUGCACGGUUGACAUGUUAGCAUCUGUAUCGAGGUCAGGAUGUCUAAAUGUGAGCUGAUUGAGCUGCAGGACCUCAGCGUAAAUGAUCCCAUCGAGCUGGCCACUCCUGCCGUCCACGUAGCCUCGCCAGCUGAAAACCAGGGUCAGCCCGGCCACUACCGUGUUGUCCGUCUGGUUGGAGACAACAUCAGCAUCGAGGCACCCGGCUGUCACACAAGCGAGAAUGGUAUAGGUCAUGAUUUCCAGCCCUACAGUCAUGCACAUCUCACCUGGUGUGACCUGUGUGGAGAAUUCAUCUGGGGGCUUUAUAAGCAGAGUUUACGCUGCACCAACUGCAGUUACACUUGUCACUACCGGUGCCGACCAUCCAUCCAGCUAGACUGCAGGACACAUGGAAGUUUGUUAACAGAGCAUGCUGAUUUCUCUGAUGACUCUGUUGAGACAGACACAAAUGUGGAUGAACAGGUCGAGCUGGGUAAACAGGAGUUAAGUGUUUGUGAGAUUCAACAGAAGGUGAAAGAAUACAAUGCUCAGAUCAGCACCAAUCUCCACAUGGUGGAUAAUAAAGAUGGCUCCUACACUGGUUUCAUCAAGGUCCACUUUCAGUUAAUUCGCCCCAUCUCCCUUCCUCCUCCUCGUCAGAGUUUGAGCUCGAUACAGGUAGAGGAUCACCAGGUUAGAUGGAUGAAACGGCGGACAUCUUUCUACCUCCCCAAAGAUGCUGCAAAGCACCUACAUAUAAGCUCUGAAACACGGGUACAGGAAGUCAUCGAGGCACUGCUCAACAAGUUCACCGUUGUGGACAACCCAGCAAAGUUUGCCUUGUUUGAACGCACAGAGAGACAAAGUCAAGUGUACAUGCGCAAACUGUCUGAUGACGAACGUCCUCUGUAUCUGCGCUUGUGCGCCGGUCCCAGUGAAACAGUCUUAAGUUUGGUUUUGAAAGAGAAUGAGACAGGGGAUGUAAAUUGGCAUGCAUUUAGCUUUCCUGAGUUGUGCAACUUCCUGAGAAUCCUCCAACGUGAGGAAGAAACACACGUACGAGAGAUUGUGAAGCGCUACGCUGUCGCUAGAGACAUGAUGAAGCAGGCCAUGGCCCAGAUAAAUACCCCUGGUUGACACUGAGACAUUCAAACUGAAAUGAAAUGAAAUAGCUCCAGCAAUGAUGUUGUAUGGAUUAGAGGUUGCUAAUAAAGCAGGAAGUCUGUUUAAUGUGAACUGCUUAAAGGUUCGUGUCAGGAUGAUUUUGUGCAACCAGCCCAGCUAUGAAGAAGAAGUUAUCAUGGACUGGAUCACAGUUCUGUCUUUAAAAACUAUGCUGCUUGAUUAGAUUAUUUAUAGUGACAUGUUAGGUUUUUGUUACCAUUUGUCUGUUUUAUCUUCUCAUACUCAGUUUUCUUUAUUUUGCUAAGGUGUUUUUUGAUUUGUUUUUUUCCAAUUGUGGCACUUUAAUCAACCUGUAAAAAUGAGUUGGGCAAGGUAAAAUGUGUUUAUAUUAAAAUCAUCUAAUAAACUGUAAAAAAUGA